AUGGCAAACGAUAAUCCUGUGGCUCCUGCCACUUCCAAGUCAAUCUUUGGAUAUCUGAAUGACUGGGGAACUGCAUCACUCCCCCCAUCCCUUCUAGCAACCCUCAUAACCGCUCUUCACGCGCGGCCCCCAUCCCUGCCCCUCUUCCUCUUCACCCCUCCGCUGCUCUUCUCAUCCUACCUCAACCUCUCAGGCUACCCUACUGGCAGCGCUGGCCUUACGGCUGCCUGGUCUGGCCUGUACGCGCUUCUAGCCCUACGUCGUCGUCAGCCCUUCCGCGGCCGCUUCUCUAUUCGUGGUGUCGUGCGUGGCACCGCCAUUGGUUUGGGCGCGGCUAACUGCGUUGCGGGAGGAUGGGUCUACGCUAAUGGCGAUUUCGAUAAGGAUGCCGAGGCGAGGGUUGAGAGGAACCGCUGGGGUGGAAGGGACUAA